AUGUACCUAAAUUUCCUUAAUCAAGUAAAUACAUCAACAAUUUCUUCUUUCCAAAGGGCUAAAGAUCAAAGUCGUUUGCAUUCUCUUAAGGAGCUAGAGAAGGUUCAUCAGAAACUGCACAAAGUAAUAAGAAAUCUGAUAAUUCAAAGUGAAAGGGAUAAAGUAGAUGAGCUUAUACAAUCUCAGGCCACUUCGCUAAAUAAUUGUCCAGAGGUUAAGGUAAAAAGUGAAUAUCCUAUUGUUUUUUUGGCUGUAGUGCCGAAUGAAAUGGAGGAAGUAGCUACUAGUCUUGAAUCCAAUUUGCUUUUAGAGAUGAUUAAGUUACUAUUUGAAUGCUCUAAAAUAGUGCUAAAAGAGUACUAUUUGAUUGCUCUAAAAUAUAUGCAUAUAAGGAUAUAA